AUGGGAGAAUCCAUUGGAUAUAUGUCUCCUCACUGUGCCUCUCCGGCAUUCACAAACUCCAUAAUGGAGCUCCCACGCAUGAGCUUAUGGGCAAUUUGGUCAUUUCUCCUUCUCUCUUCCAUUCACCUUCCAUGUUUCUUUGGAUCCACCGCUCACUUCUCCAACGAAACUGAUCUCCUUGCUUUGCUCAAAUUCAAACAUCUAAUAACCGACGAUCCUCUCCAUUCCUUGAGCUCCUGGAACCAUACUCUCCACUUCUGCCACUGGCAAGGAGUCAAAUGCGCUGGUCCCCGGCAUCCUCAAAGGGUCACUGCCUUGAACCUCACUGGCCAAAAUUUGGUGGGUUCCUUAUCUCCCUUCAUAGGGAACCUCACCUUCCUCAGGAGAAUCGAUCUCUCAGCCAACAGCUUCUAUGGGCCGAUUCCUGAAGAGAUUGUCCGGUUGUUCCGCUUGAGGUAUCUCGUUCUGAGCAUCAACAUAUUCACUGGAGAAAUUCCAGCAAAUCUGAACCACUGUUUCAAACUCCAAGUUCUUAAUCUUUACGGGAAUCAGCUCACAGGGAGGAUUCCGACUGAGCUUGGUUCUCUAUCGAAGUUCACCUACUUGAACCUUGGUCGCAACAGUCUUGCAGGAAGCAUCCCACCUUCACUUGGAAACCUUUCAUCUCUCUGGUAUCUUCGUCUGAGAGAAAAUAGUCUGGAGGGCAACAUCCCAGAUGACCUUUGUCAGUUGGUUAGUUUAAAGAAUCUUAGCAUAGGUGUAAAUAAACUGUCAGGUACGAUUCCGCCUCGGCUCUACAAUAUCUCCUCUAUUGUCAUGUUUGACGUGCAAUUGAACAGAUUGCAUGGAAAUCUUCCACCUAACUUAGGCCUCACUCUUCCUAAUCUCCAAGGACUCUAUACCCUAGGAAACCAAUUCACAGGACCCAUACCAGUUUCCUUAUCCAAUGCUUCCAGACUUUUAGUUAUUGACCUUGAUAACAAUAGUUUUAGCGGAUCUGUGCCCAUGAAUUUUGGAAGCCUCAAGGGUCUCUUCCAAUUAGCUUUGUGGGGCAAUGAACUUGGAAUUGGGAAAGAUCGUGACUUGAGUUUUCUCGAUUCUUUGACCAAUUGCAGUAGCUUACAAAUGCUCGAGUUAGCCUAUAAUCGUCUCAGCGGCAUGUUGCCGGACUCCAUAGCUAAUCUUUCGACCCAACCGACAUGGCUAUCCUUUAGCAGUAACAGGAUAUUCGGAAGCAUCCCAUCUGGAAUUCAGAAUCUUGUCGGCUUAACAGCAUUGGAUAUGGGGGGUAAUUUUUUAACAAGUGUCAUUCCCAAUGGUGUUGGGAAGCUUAACAAGUUGGAGGUACUUUACUUGGAUUCAAAUGGAUUAUCAGGGAAAAUUCCUCCUCCUUUGGGCAACAUCACCAGAUUGUACCGACUCAGUUUACAAGAAAACAAACUAUCGGGGAGAAUACCUUCAACUCUUGGCGAAAUUCCAAGCUGGCUGGGCAAUUGUCUCAGCCUAGAGUAUCUUGGGUUGGAUGGGAACUUCUUUCAAGGAUCAAUUCCACCAACAUUCAGUAGUUUAAAAGGUCUUCGAUACCUGGGUCUUUCACGCAACAACUUAUCUGGGAAGAUUCCAAGAUAUCUGGAGAAGUUUGAUCUAGAGUAUCUAAAUCUAUCCUUCAAUAAUUUCGAGGGUGAAUUACCAAAACAAGGGGUCUUUGGAAAUGCCAGUCGAGUUUCAGUGCUCGGAAAUAGUAAGCUUUGUGGGGGUAUUCAUGAAUUACAAUUGCCUCCAUGCUCCAGCCAAGCUUCCAAGAAACGGGGGAACUCUCUUACUUCAAAAGUCAAAUUCUCAGUAACUGGUGUUGUCCUGUGUCUUAUUUCAUUAUCAUGUUUCUUUACCAUUCUUUAUCGGGUAAGAAAGUCAAGAAGGAAACCUUUUGCUGUGCUAUCCAUGGAGGAUCCUUUUGUGAUCGUAUCGUAUGCGGAACUCUUUAGAGCAACAGAUGAGUUCUCUCCUGCCAAUUUGAUCGGAACUGGAAGUUUUGGCGCCGUAUAUAAAGGGAUUCUAGAUCGUGUUGGGAUUAUGGUAGCAGUGAAAGUCUUCAACCUUCAACAACAAGGAGCUCUGCGGAGCUUCAUGGCCGAAUGCAAUGCCUUGAGAAACAUUAGGCAUCGGAAUCUUGUUAAGAUCUUAACAUUUUGCUGGAACAUUGAUUUUAAGGGCAAUGAUUUUAAAGCUCUGGUUUACGAGUACAUGUCCAAUGGAAGUCUAGAGAAAUGGUUGCACAGGGAGGGCCAUGACCAGCCGAGAAGGAACUUGAAGUUUGCCCAAAGGCUAAACAUUGCUACAGAUGUGGCUUCUGCACUGGAUUAUCUACAUAAUCAUUGCCAAACUUCAAUCACUCAUCGAGAUAUAAAGCCGACCAACAUUCUUCUUGAUGAUGACAUGAUUGCUAGCGUGGGUGAUUUUAGGCUAGCCAGGUUCUUAUCUGAGGUUGCCCGAACUAGCUCAGCUGGGAUGGGGGGAUCUAUUAGGUACAUCGCUCCAGAGUAUGCGAUGGGUGGAAAAGCAUCUACACAAGGAGAUGUUUAUAGCUAUGGAAUCCUUCUACUGGAGAUGAUCACUGGAAAGGGGCCAACGGAUGACAUGUUUAAGGACAAUCUAAGCCUUCAUCAUUUUGCUAAGCUAGCUUUUGCGGAAGGAGUGAUGGAGAUUAUUGAUCCACAACUAAUCUUAGAAGAAGCUGAAGUUAUUCAAGGCAAUGAAAAUCAAAUCAAUACAAGAAAUAGAAUGCAUGACUGCUUGAUUUCAAUGGUCAAAAUCGGUUUGUUGUGCUCUGCAAAAUAUCCAAGAAAACGAAUGCAAAUGAGAGAUGUUGUUGCUGAAAUGCACACAAUCAAGGACUUGUACUCGGGGUCAUGA